AAGCAGUUCAGCUCCAACAGCAGCAGCAGCACCACGGCAAAGAUGACUUCCAGUGGCAUGAACAUGAUGGGCAAGAUCAUCUUCUACGAGGACAGGAACUUCCAGGGCCGCUCUUACGAGUGCAUGAGCGACUGCCCCGACAUGUCCUCCUUCCUGAGCCGCUGCCAUUCCUGCAGGGUGGAGAGGGGCUGCUUCAUGGUCUACGACCGCCCCAACUACAUGGGAAACCAGCACUUCAUGAGGAGGGGCGAGUACGCUGACUAUAUGAGCAUGAUGGGCAUGAGCGACUGCAUCAGGUCCUGCCGCAUGAUCCCCAUGCACAGAGGCCAGUUCAGGAUGAAGAUCUACGAGAGGGAGAACUUCCAGGGCCAGAUGCAGGAGCUGAUGGAGGACUGCGAGAAUGUCAUGGAGCGCUUCGGCAUGUCUAACUUAAUGUCCUGCAACGUGAUGGAUGGCCACUGGCUGAUGUACGAGCAGCCCAACUUCAGAGGAAGGAUGAUGUACAUGAGGCCUGGAGAGUACAGGAACUUCAGCAGCAUGGGCAUGAGCGGCAUUAGGUUCAUGAGCUUGAGGCGCAUCAUGGAUGCCUGCUACUAG